AGUGAAAUAUUUAGAAAGUAGGAAAAGGAAGAAAGGAAAAGUGUUAAAAUGCAUCUGGUGCUAUGGGUUUGCACACUCGCGACUACUGCUUUAAUGUUGAUACGGGCUGAAUUACAGACUGUUUACGAAUGGAAAUAUCUAGAUUUUUUAUGGGAAUCGGACGAACAAAAACAGAAUGCAAUACGGACAGGCAAAUAUAACUUAUCUCGAGUAUUACCAUCAGAUCUAGCACUAGCUAAAGAUGGACGAAUAUUUGUUUCUCACAUCGGUUACAUAGGGACACCAGUUCGACUCAGCAUUGUAUCAGGCGACUCAAUACCAACGUCGGGCCCUUUAUUAUUGCCAUAUCCUGACUGGUCAUGGCAUACUAAUGGUGAUUGCAAUGGUAUUACGAGUGUAUAUGGAUUGGCUAUCGAUCAAUGCAACAGGUUGUGGGUUUUAGAUACCGGAAUCUUGGAAUACGCAUCAGCGAAAGCCUGUCCAGCACAGCUGCUGGCUUUCGAUCUUACAAGAAAUAAACUAACCAAGAGAAUCAAGAUACCGAAUCAUAUUGCACAAAAUAAUCAAGGCAUGACACGUUUGGUCAAACCGAUAGUCGAAACCAAAGGGCAGCAAUGCGAUCAUACUACCGUAUAUAUGACAGACUCGGUGGGACAUGGUUUGGUAAUCUGGAAUGGCAUUGGGUUAUUUCGUCUUGAAGGUGAGGUGUACAAUCCUAUUGACUCGGCUCGUAAUGUCAGUAUCGGUGAUUAUAAUCCGAGUGUUGCUGGCGGUGUCGUCGACAUGUCCUUGUCACCUAAUAUCUUUCCUUAUGAGCCACGUUACCUAUUCUUUAGACCUCUGGCUUCAUACGACCUCUAUGCUGCAAAUACACGUGAACUCACACGUAGUAUUUACGGUUAUCGGAUAAAGUACUUUGGAGCAAGAGAUAUACUAACUAGCCAAGCGGUGGGUCAGGCUUUCUCCUCGGAUGGCACACUUUUCCUUGGACUCACGCGAGAAAUGGCCAUCGCUUGUUGGAAUAGGUACAGAGAAAUGGCUAAAGAGAACAUUGAAAUAGUAUCCCAAGAUGAUAAGAGACUACAAUACACAAUCGGGGUCAAAGUAGUACCAAAAUCAAUAACCAAGACUUCGGAAGAAUUGUGGGUACUGACAAAUCGAUUCGUCCAAUUUCAAUUGCAUGUACUGAACUUUAAUGAUAUCAACUUUCGCAUUCUGAAAAGUCCAGUGAAAGAUCUUGUAGAAGGUACUAAAUGCGAAAUGCCCGCGCAACUAAAGGCAGCCCUUCGACGAACAAAAGCAAAUCUAACAUAUAAGUACCCCAAAUGAUUCGUUAUUUUUUCCAUUUAUCUCAUU